CACGAUGCCAGAAUAAAUUACCAAAGAAUAUAGAAUUCUUUAAUAGUUUUGGUAGUAUUAUAUUGUAUAAUAGAAUUUUAAAUAAUUAAUGACACAUUAUAUAUGAACAGCUGGAUGAUCAUUGUUAAUUUUAAUUUAUUAAAUAUACUAAGUUAUAAAUUCUCUUGUAUUCAAAGUGACAGUGUAACAAACUGUUCUGUAUGCUCUUAAUGUAAUUCAGAAUAAACAAAACUAUGGGUUUUCUUAGUAUUUUACCUGUAUUUUCAAGAUUAUCAAAACAUACUACCACAUGUAUGCGUAACAUAUCUACUUAUGGUUAUCCGUUGCAGUUUGGUAUAACUAAUACGCUCCUUGCGGAACCAUUGAAAAAAAAGAAGAGGUUAGAUCCGGCUAUACUCAGGGAAAGAGAAGAAAGAAAGAAAAGGAAGUUAGAAAAAUUUAUUCGUCGUUUAGAAAAACAUUCUAAACAAUUAAAACCUAUUGGUGAAUUGGAGAUACCAUUAAAUUUAAAAAUUGAGAAAGAGAAAAGGACACGGGAGCUUCCACAUUUAUCCGAAGAGGAUGUAGAGAAAAGAAUUUUGUUACAAAAAGAAUGGGCUAGAUAUAAAUAUAGACAGUACUUAGAUAAUAUUCAGACGAUUGACAGAUUCAUUUCAUCCCAGAACAAAGCGCUACAAGAGUUAAAAGCUGAAUCAGAAGAAUUAUACAACGAAGCGUUACAGAUUGAUCUUACCUUUUUACCAUAUUUAAAUCGAGGACCUUGCCAUACACCACCGAUAAAAAAUUAUGAUAGUCCAGAUGGAGAAUAUAAAGAUAUAACAUUUAAAUAUCCUGGUGAAACGUAGCUAAAUGAUGAAUGAAAUGUUCAUUAAAAUAUCUCUGUAUAGAUUGGGUAUAAAUUAAUGUACUUUUAAAUAUAUAUAUAUAUAUUUCA